AUGUCUGACCAGAGUUAUCGGAGACCAUUGCUUGUGGCCCUGGCCAGCACAGUAGCGCUCACUGCGGCAUUCUACGCCUACUUCCAGCGAUCGAAAGCACAGCCAGAACACUCAGCUGCCCUUCAUCGCAGCAAUGCCGUCCGCAGACCCAGGCACAGGCGGCGCUGGCGUCCUUUCUUCGAACAGCCUCCCCUCGACUACGAUCCUACCGAGCGAGCCAUCAACCACUUGGAGGAACGCAAUGAGCGAAGACACGGCUACGGAGAAUAUCAGAACAAGUGGUUUUUCCCCACCCCGGAAGACGCCCAAGGAGUGGACUUGACCCUCAUUCCUUGCAAUUUGAGAUCCAUCUAUGUCUAUCUCUUGCAGCAUUCGCCAGCGCCACUCUCGCCCUACCAAAAAGACUGCCUGCGAUUGCAUGUUCACGGCGUCUUCACCCAGAACUUUCUCCGCGAAGAGUAUCCCGAAGGAUAUAUCAUUGGCGAUGACGCCUACAUUAUUGCCCGAGGUCUAGAACUCCUGGAUGUGGCGGAGGAGAUUGUCUACGAGGUGGUCAAGGCUUUCGACGAAGGUGAAUUUCAUCUCAGUGAGGAGUGGAGCCCUCUUGAUGCGCCCAUUCAAAGCCCUCGCAUGCCCCCUCUGCAGAUAGACGGCGCUGUGGGAGGAUUCGCUACUCAAGAUGCUCUGGACGCCUUGGCCAAUCCAGCGAGGGACGACGACGACGAGAGUGAGAUCUCGUACAGUAACAAUGAUGAAGAUCCCGAGGGCAGCCAGAACAUGCUCGAUCUCCUCUAUCACAUCGCCGGCGAACAGGCGCGGAGGGAGGGCUACAUCCACCGUGGCGUCGAAUGCAACAGCUGCGGUGUCCACCCGAUUCAAGGGAUCCGGUAUCAUUGUGCAAAUUGCUUCGACUAUGAUCUUUGCGAAAGCUGCGAGGCAAGCUCAGGUCAUAUCAAGAGUCACGUCUUCUUCAAGAUUCGAAUUCCGGCUCCCUCUAGAGGUAAUAUUAAGCAGGUUAUUCCAAAAUGGUAUCCUGGAACCCCCAACGCAUUUCCCUCGUCCUUGCCGAAAGACCUCUCCAAGCCCUUACUGGAACAGACGGGGAUGGACCGCACUGAGAUGGAUGCCCUCUAUGAGCAGUUCAAAUGCCUCGCUGGCCACUACUGGCCCACCGAUCCCACUGGGCUGGGCGUGGCCAUUGAUCGAAAAGCGUUCGACGCAUACUUCAUCCCUUCUGCCGCGGACAAACCUUCACCCGCCAACCUAAUCUACGACCGAAUAUUUGCCUUCUACGACACCAACAACGACGGGCUCAUCGGCUUCGAUGAAUACAUCCGUGGCCUGGCACGAUUGCAGAAUAAGUCACGGUAUGCCCGCCUCAAGCGAAUAUUCGAUGGUUAUGACCUUGACUCGGAUGGAUUCGUCGACCGCAAAGAUUUCCUCCGCAUCUUUCGUGCGUAUUUUGCUUUGAACAAAGAGCUAAGUCGCGAGAUGAUCAACGCCCAAGAGGACUUCGGCUACGUGGAAGAAGAGAUUCGAGAAGUGGUUCGGGGAAGCCAACCGAUCAGUGCCGCCUUUGGUGGAGGCAUGCUCUAUGGACAUGAGUCUAGAACUGGUCAGGACAAGCAGCGUCAAGCGAACGGGGAAUUGGAAUUAUCUAAUGGCUCCCGAGGUGUGCUACAGCCUGACGCCGACAUGCGAGGAGAUCGCGCUCGUGCCAUUGGCAACGUUGCUAUGAACAAUCGGAUCAGAAAUCAUCCGUUCCGGUCCUUUAGGGAAGAACCGAUCGAGGACGAAGCUCUGAUCCAUCUCCCUGGUGUCCCGUUCAAUGCUUCUGGAAUGCAAGACCCGGACGACGCGACCGAGGAAGAACUUGCGGGGCCUGAACCCCCUCUCCAGGCAUAUGGCUGGCCUCCAGUGCACACCCCCGAACCUCAGGACAUUGUCAACGCUCUAGGGCGGGAGGUUGCCCUUGAGGACGUCACGGAUCCGGUGGACAGGAGCAGAGUGUUAUUUGCACAGUCACAACGCCUGGACAAUGAGGGCGACGAAGCCGAAAGGUCUAUGCGGGCCACGGCCGUGGAAGAACGGUGGCGCCGAAGACAAUUUUACCUGGAUGAGGAGGAAGGGCUUACCAGACCACCCGGAUACACAGAACCUGACAGUUCUGAUGACGAACCCACCACAUCAAGGCCCAAAAAAGCCAGGCGCGUGACGACCUCGAGUCCACGAAGACCGUCGAUACAGUCACGAUCCUCAUCCAAAGUGCGAUUCGAUGACAGCGCCAUCGAUACCGACUUUGAAACACGUUCAAAUGCCUCGUCACGCAGCGUACCUGUCAACGAACGAUGGGGUGGUUACGAGCUUGGGCAGGCCGAAGCAGACAUUGGCAAGGAUAUCCUGUACCAGGCCGUUCAACAAGGGUUUAAUGAACUUCUAGAUGCCCUGUUCAAGGAGAAGGAAGAUGAGUGGGUGACGGCUCACUAUACACGGAACGACCGGCACAGGUUCCGUAAAGAAAUGGACCGGUACCGGGAGAAGCUUGAGGCGGGAAAACAGCAGCACGACAAAGCUUUGGAAGAGGCCGAUAGGCUGAGGACCGAACAGUUAUUGCAAAGCGCACCGGUGCGUGAAUCUGCUCAGAAGCCGGACGGACCCGAAGACUUGGUGGAAGCGAAAUCCGACGAGAGACUGUCACCUGAUCCCGAUCCCGAUCCCGACCCCGAAGAUCAUAUAGAAUUGAUGUUUGGGGACGGUGCCGCAGGCGAGAUACCGAAAACAGAGCAAGAGACGAACUCGUCUAGGUCUUAUUGCGACCCUACUCUUCCACAGUUCCGUCCGAACGAGUCUGAGCCGGCAAGCGCGAAGACCCAGCCAGAUCCCUUCUCUGGCGACCCAGUUGAGGCGCGAAACACCUACGACCUUUGGCUCCGACAUGAUGCGAUUGACACAGAAGCGCGACAACGAGGAGGGUAUGGUAAGCUCAGCUUCGCCGAAUUCCGACGGAAAAUGGUGGCCGACGAAUCUGAGGUGAGCACAAGGCUUGGUACCAAAGGUGACAAGGAUAGGCCCCAGGAGGCAUGGGAGAGUAGCGCGGAGCUGGGGAGGUUGGCAUUCGUUGGCACAUGGCUGGAGAUGGCCAGCUUCUAG